AUGUCACAGGCCAUGACCCUCGAGCCCUCUCCGGUGGACCUGGACCGGACCAUGGCACCGUCAGAACACAACGGACUUGGCGCCGCAUACGACCACUACCGAUUUGAGGACGCCCCGUCCCCUUCGCAGACAUCUGAUACACUAGACGCUUCAUCUGGUCCACCAGCUCGGGCGACAGCAGUCAACCACCCACCAGAACAAUUCGUCCACCCUUUGUCACAUGGGCAACCCGUCCACCCUUCUUCUCGUCCCGAGUCAGUCUCUUCCGCCGUCCUGCCACCGCCGCCACCACGCGCUUCGACGCCCCUUCAUAGUCCAAGGAGCACCAGGUCUCAGAGUCUAGCUGCCUCUCUUGGGAGCCAGUCGCCCAUCCGGCGCAAGCCUCUAAGUCCCACGGCCUCGCCAUUGGCCGUUCGUUUCUCAUCUAAGAGUUACCACAUGAAGUCCGGUGACCUGCCAGAGGAGCCCGACUCUGGUUACUACUCUCUUGACAGCCCGGACUUAUAUGACUUGGGCCCAACCGAGGGCCCUGCUCCCGUAGCCUCUCUUCCCACGCCCCUUGAACCUCUGUCCGAGGAAGAAUUCCAGGGAAAGUGGCCACAACCCCCGACCGGGCCUAUCACGCCGGCCGCACUGGAGGUUCGAAACAUUCCAGACGUCAGCCCUGCACCGUCUCAAACGGACGAUUUGAUACAGCCCAAGCAUCCGACAAGUGCUUCAGACGUCACUUCGGCCAGUCAGGGUCCAGACCAGCCCAACGCGGAACCGCCCAAUUCCAAUCAUCGUAGUACAGGCGGUAGCAUGUCUUUGUUUGCUCGGACACCUAUGCCCCCACAACUAGAUCUUGAUUAUUCAAACUCAGACGGUCAACCACAUACACUCUCUCCGACUAUCGACAGACCACCAGACAGCGCAUCAAGUCACGCCAGCCACGCCAGCCUUAACAAACCACUACCGAAAUCGCCUCCGAGGUCACCAGCUAGCGCAACAAAACUCAGCAACUUCUUUGGAUGGGGAGCUGCACAGUCGCCGUCCAACACUGAUCACUCCAACAAGGACUACUCUCCGAUACCAUCGCCAGUAUCACCGAAGCGUCACGCAUUUUCCGAUGAAUCUCCAGUGUCGACACGGGACCCAAAUUCUACCAAAGCACAAGCUCUCGAGAGCAACGCCCUCGGAUACGUUGAGGCAUAUUUUCCCACACCACCGAAUUCCUAUACGUUGGUGUCACCGGUUGUCGAGAUCGAGGAGAUGGAGGACGAGCUGAAAGCCAUCAGCGCCGAAUUGGCCUCGUCCAUUCGGCGCGAGAUGGAUCUAGAGGACCUGGUUGACAGGUUACAAUCAGAGAUCGCCAACCCAUCAGCACCUGGGAAGAGGACCAGUGAUUACUUCUCAGACUCGGGUUACAGCACGGCCAAGUCCGGCGACUUCGAGAAUCCGAAAGAUGAAAUUUCGAGCAUCCAGCGGAAAGCAGAGCAAGAAAAGGCACAGCUCAGGCUUGAACUCACCACCAAGCUUCAAGAGGAGAGGGGCCGCCGCAACGCACUCGACCAACAGAUCAAGGAGCUUGCCGAGAAGGCAUCGCAAGCCGAUGCAGCGCAAAUGACCAGCAAGGAUGCUGACGCCAGGGUCCGAGAGCUGGAAAAGUCAUGCGAGGAUCUCCGCCGCAGGCUCUCUGAGGAGCGUGAAGUCAAAAACAACUUCGAGGACCUGCUCACCGCACUCAAGGGCGAACUUCAGAAUGCUGCACUGGAGCGAGACAACCUCCGUGAUGAGGUUGUGCCCCAAUUGAGGGCACGGGUUGAAGGUCUCGAAGCACAGCAGACCGAGAACGAGAAGCUGGCUUACGAGACAACAAAGUUACAGCAAGAACUGCAGGAUAUCAAGGAUUCGAAGGCGAAACAUGACACCCUCGCACGGUUGAGGUCAAGUUCCGUCACUGGCCAGUCAUUCAAGCUCAGCCGUCCACCGUCUGGGCUCCAUUCUGGCGGGCUCGCCAGAUCCAACACCGUUAAGGGCGGGCACGUCGAAUCCAGAGACGUCUUAUCCGAGCGGCUGAAGGACGUCGAGGCCCAGAGAGACGCCCUGCACAACGCUCUGAAGAAUCUGCUUGACAGACAAGACUUUCAAAACAAGGAGAACGAAAAGAAGAUCAAACUGCUUGAAGUCGAGCGUGAUCGGCUGUUGUCAGCAUCGCCAAGGAAAGCCGGCUUCGAUAGAGAGGUCUCAACCCUACGUGAAGAAGUCAACACACUGCGGCGGCGAGCUGAGGAAGCCAUUGAGCAAAAGUGGCAAGUCGAGAAAGGUCUUAUAGGAUUGAAGAGCGACCUCGACCGGGCGGAAGAAGAGAUCACCUCCCUGAGGGCACUGCUGAAUGAGAAGGACAUACUGAUUCCGGACUCUUUCUCUCGUUACAGCAGCAACUCGGCAACAGGAGCCCCCGGGCUGCCAGCUACAUCGGCAUCGCUUGAGAAGGCAUACGCAGAUCUACAGAAGUCUUACAAGGACGCGCUUGAGAGGAUCAAGGAUCUCGAGAUUGGCGGCACGAGUGCCUCACAGGAUGAGCGAACCAGGCUCGCCAUGGAGCGGCUUGAGCAAUCGCUCUCAUCUGCCAUCCACGACCGCGACGACGCUCGCCAGGAAUCGGCCGCACUGCAAAACCAAGUCGAGAGACUACAACAGUCUGAAAAGGACCACUUGGAGGGCGAGCGGGAUCUCGCGGACCAACUUAGGGACUCGGCCAACAGGGUCGAGGAGCUCACGCAGCAGGUCCGCGCUCAACUCGCCAUCAACGCCAACCUACGAAGCCGGCUCUCCGAGACCGUUGCUAGGGGUGAGGCUGGCCAGAAAGCCAACAAGGAGCGACUUGCCAGCAUGCAAAUUCGCAUGCGGAACCUCGAGGAGCAGGUCAUUGCGGCUCAGACUGCCGCCGAGGAGCGUGUCAACCGCCACGAGGAAGAGCUCGGCAAGCUGCGGGAGUCAACCAGUGCCAACCUGCACCGACUGCACGACAGCAACUCUGGCCUGCGAUCACCCCGCCUGUUCCCUCCGAAGUCGCCCAUGUCGCCUCUCCUGUCACCAAACUCUGGCGGCAGAUUCCCCAGAAUGCUCAGUUCUCAUUCCAGAAAGAGCUCUCGGAACCGCCCAUCCAGCUCCGGAACCGACGAGGAAGACACUUCUCAGGUUGAGACCCUGAAGGCUCGGGUCGCCGAGCUCGAGAAGUCUCUGGUCACUGCCGACUUCGAGAUGCAGGAAGUCGUGGGUAGGAUGAACACGGCGCAGAUCGAGGUCAUGACCCUCCAGGAGGAGCGGGAGACAGCUGCCCGCGAGACCAAGAAGCUACAGAAGCUCCUCGAGGCCGAGAAGGUCAACGCCUUCCAACAGCGCUUCAACACCAUCACCAACUAA